AUGGCAUCUCAAGACGCAAUCGCUGACGUGAUGCGUGAGCUCGUUUGGGACUGCCUCUCUGUACCCGUCCAUAAGAAUGGCAACUUCAACCUGGUGUUUGAUUCCUUGGAAGCUUUCACCACUAUCUUUGACGACGCUCGUCUCCAGUUCUGUCCACAGCUCUCAACUGCAUUAUUGUCAUCUUCUCCUCCGACCAUCGAUUUUUUUCAGGAGUUGCCGACGGAAUCCCAUCGUCGUUGGGGAGUCUACGCGAUCGUUAUGGAAAAGAAGAAUUGUCUCCCACUGCUCUAUAUUGGCUCUGGAACCCAUGCCAAAGGUGGUGUCUCCGCUAGGCUUCGCCAGUAUGAAAUUUUCACCAUCCACAGCAUGCCCUAUUACGUGCGUGCUGCUCGUCGCAACGGUUACUCAAUCACUUCCAAAGGCUUGCUCGCGUGGACACCGGUUCUCCCAUUACCGUCGUCAGUUCCUCGACGUCGGUUGCUAGUCGUCGCUCUUGAAGCUACGUUUACCUUUCUUUUCUGGUCGAUGUACUCUGUCAACAAAGACUACAACAUGGGCCAAUGUUGCCCAUGGCCUCGAGAGUCGUUUUCAUAUGGCGGUUUGGGCAGCCACAGUCCUCUCCUUGAAGGUAUUGUCGGCAACCUUGAGUUGUCCCCAGAGCAAUUGGAGCAACUUGCUCUCGAUCUCAAAGAGAAGGCUCGGAAAUGGAACAAGGAAUAUCGACAACUUCACCGCGAGGAACUCAAACAAUAUAAUGCCUUUUAUCAUCGAUUUGUCCUACGGCUCAGACCCGAUUAUCAAGAACGUCAACGUGCAGCCAAUGUUCGUGCAAAGAUGCUUUCUCGCCCCGCGAUCAUCCUCAAUCAGAACCGCUAUAGAGCUCGCGUGAGGGCGUCCAAACGCUUCCAUUGCGCACUCUGUGGUUACACGUAUUCGCAGCCCUAUAGUCUUCGUCGGCACCUGGGAUCGAGGCGUCAUCGAGACAACGUUGCCAAGGAAGAGGCCGGCGUCGUCAAGGACUUGCGUUGCGAGUAUUAUGGAUACUCUUGCUUCUACCUAUGCCACAUGAAGAGACACGAGGGUGGUGAGCGUCACAAGGCUAGAGUCGCCAAGGCCCAAGCUGAGGCCAAGGCUGCGCUCGACGCCGACGCUGAUGGCAACGCCGAUGCCAUCGAUGUCGACUCUCUCCAAUAG